AUGGGUUCUCUCCGGGAACAAAGAAGCAACAACCGACAGAGACCUUGGCACUCUUCCGAUGAUGACAAUGCUAACCUCACACAAGCAAAGAGAGGGAAAUCAUUCACUUGUGGUCUUUGUGCAAAGAGCUUUAUCACAAGGAAGCAGCUCGGGAGACACCAAUGCUUCCACAAUAAGAAAAGAUGCUUCUCUUGUGAUGACUGUGGAAAGUCUUUUACUACAAAGAGUAACUUGACGAGGCAUAAGCUUAUCCACACUGGGGUUAAACCAUUCAGCUGUGACCAGUGUGGAAAGUCUUUUACUUCGCAAAGCGUCUUAAAAUCACACCAACUCAUCCAUGCAGGAAUUAAACCAUUCAUCUGUGAUGAGUGUGGAAAGUGUUUUACUCACCAAAAGAACUUAAAAUCACAUCAACUUAUCCAUGCUGGAGUUAAACCAUUCAUCUGUGGUGAAUGUGGAAAGGCUUUUACUGAAAAGAGUAACUUGACGAGGCAUAAGCUCAUCCACACUGGGGUUAAACCAUUCAGCUGUGACCAGUGUGGAAAGUCUUUUACUUUGCAAAGUGUCUUAAAAUCACACCAACUUAUUCAUGCUGGAGUUAAACCAUUCAUCUGUGAUGAGUGUGGAAAGUGUUUUACUCGGCAAAGUGACUUAAAAUCACACCAAAUCAUCCAUGCUGGAGUUAAACCAUUCAUCUGUGGUGAAUGUGGAAAGGCUUUCACUGAAAAGAGUCAUUUGACAAGGCAUAAUCUCAUCCACACUGGGGUUAAACCAUUCAUCUGUGGGGAGUGCAGGAAGUCUUAUACUUCGCCAAGUGCCUUAAAAUCACACCAACUUAUCCAUGCAGGAAUUAAACCAUUCAUCUGUGAUGAGUGUGGAAAGUGUUUUACUCACCAAAGGAACUUAAAAUCACACCAACUCAUCCAUGUAGGAAUUAAACCAUUCAUCUGUGGGGAGUGUGGAAAGUGUUUUACUCACCAAAGUGCCUUAAAAUCACACCAACUCAUCCAUGUAGGAAUUAAACCAUUCAUGUGUGGUAACUGUGGGAAGUCUUUUACUCUGAAGGGUAACUUGAAACAACAUCAGCUCAUCCACAGUAAAGCAAAACCUUAA